AUGGUUCUUACCCCGGGAACUUCAGCUCCAUUCGAUGACUUAAAAGCGUAUAAACCUUGGGAAGUAGAUGGGAAAUAUUUCGGUGAUGGCCGCGAAAUUGCUCUCCUCGAAUACAUCUAUAGCCAUCCGUUAUUACAUCAGUUGCGUGGCAACCCCACAAAUAUCCUUGCCGCUAUCGAUACAUUCGCCCAAACUGUCACGGGAUUGAUCAAUAUUGGCGAGACUAAAGGAGAGAUCAUCACUCCUCUGAUUCUCCAAAACAAGCCUGCGACUAUGCUUGAGCUCGGAGGUUACAUUGGUUAUUCUGCCAUCAUGUUGGGCGAUGCUUUGAAGCAGGCUGGUGGGAAGAAGUAUUACAGUGUUGAGAAAAAUCCCUUGUUCGCAGCUGUUGCGGCCAGUCUUGUGGACCUGGCUGGUCUCAAUGAUACGGUACGGAUCAUAGUGGGAACUGGGGCAGAAGGCAUUCAAAGACUGUUUUAUGACGGCAGCUUGCAAGGGAAGGAUUCCCAAUUGGGGAUGAUUUUCUUUGAUCACCAUAAGCCAAGCUAUACAGCUGAUCUGAAACUAUGUGAGCAACUGGGCUUGGUUGGGGCUCAAACUGUAUUGGUGGCGGACAACAUGAUUCUUCCAGGAAAUCCGCCUUACGCCGAAUGGGUACGGGCAAGUAUUGUAGAGAAGAAGCGAAUGGUAGCAGAUGCACCAGCCGCUGAGAUAUUGGGAAAUCCAAAUCUGCAGUACAGAAGUCGAUCAGUCAUUAGCUUUGAGCCUAGCGGUAUGGAGGAUGCACUGGAGAUCACAGAAUGCGUAGGCAUCUCAGCUUGA